AUCAAAAUGUCCAAUGUCCAGCGAUUUUCCGAAGAGGGUUUAAUAUUUGAAUUAUGAAUCUCGUGCCGGCAACAUGUUUCCUAGCUCUCAUUUUUGUAUUCAUCGUAAUAGAUCUCUCUGACUGUUCAGUUAGAGUCCAGAGAAUCGUCGGAGGAAUUGCUGCGGCUAAACCUCCCGAAGAUGAUCCCGUUGUUUUUGUCGAUCGAGGUGAUCGAAAUGCAAGAGUUUACGGCUCUCGUGAUUCCGGAAAAGGAGCUUUACAGUGGAAGGACGAAUUGAACGCAACAGCCUGGAGUUCCCCGUGCCCCCAGCUGCAGAGAGGAAAAAUCGUUGGCUCCGAGGUCUUAUUCCUCGAUGUCUUUACGCCAGCGCUGCCAGACUCUGGAGAUGGCUACCCAGUGCUCAUAUGGAUCUAUGGAGGAGGAUUUAGAGUUGACUCAGCUUCUCAAUACCAAACAAGGAAUUUAAUCAAGAAAAAUAUGGUAGUCGUUUCCAUUCAUUUAACGAAAAUUCAUGUAUUUGAUUUUUUCCUUUCAGAUUAUUUUAGUGGAGUGAUUGCCAUGUCGGGAACAGUUUUGUCGAAUUUCGCAUUCGACAGAGAUCCCAUACAAUCCACAAAGUUCACAGCGUCUUCUCACGGAUGUCCUGGUGACAACGUAAAGGAGAUGGUACAGUGUCGGCAGGAAUUGCCAAUGGAAAGGUUCAUCACUGUUGAUUCAAGAUUAUCAGAGAUUUUACUGGUGACUCACGGCUUUAUUUCAGAAAUAUCCACGUUUUUAGCAGCUAGACCUGUAGUCGAAAGAAGUGACGAUGGAAGAAAUUCUGUCAAAAUUCUAUUCCAUAAAUCAAAUCCAAUACAGCAGAAACAAUUGGAAAUCAAUUUAAGGGCUCUACCUAAUUCUAAUUCUAUGGCUGACAAACCCGAAAACUUGUUGAGACUUGGUGGUCUUCCAAAAAUCCUUCUUACUGGAGUCGUAAAGGACGAAACCGGAGGUUCAAUUUCUGGUGGCUACAGGAACGAAAUGAAGAACAAAUUAAAAACAAUCCCAAAUUUUCUAAACAAAAAAUUAGUACCUUCUCUCCAGAGGACGAUUCCAUUCUUCGGUAACGGUUCCAGGCAGUUUAUUCCCCAUGCGUUUGACAAAUACUUGAAUAUUUCGCCAACUACAAAUCUGGGAGAGAAUGAAAAAGUGGCAGAAGCACUGACUGGCGCGAUAUUCAAUGCCCCUGCACUCCUGACACUCACCUACUGGAGCAAAAGGGUCAAUACUUAUUUCUACCGUUUCGAUUACAACAGCAAAUACUUUCAUGGAAAGGGUUUUCUGGCAGGACUGCCCUUAGUGGAUGCCAACGAUCUAUCAGGAACGACAUUCAUAUUCCCUCAGAACGAUAUAUUUGGGGGACACAAAUUCCAUCUAUCCCAUUCUCAAAGGAAGAACUACAAGUGACUGAGACAUUCACCGAUCUCAUUUCACAAUUCGCUACAACGGGAAAGUUUGAAGGGGUCACACCACGUGAAACCAUUCCGUCAUUCUCCAGUGAAGAUAAUUCCUUCAUCAGCAUAAACGAUAAGGUAAAGCUCAUGAAGAACUUCCGAC